ACCCUCAAUCGCGAGACUACACUGUGCCCCACUGUCCCCCAGGUCAUUCCUUCAAAGCCGUUUUCUUUUGUAGAUUACAGCGGCAAAUAAAUCAAAACUUUAUAUCCAUCGGUCCAACUGAGUGCUCGUCUUCUUGUCCAAGCGAGUAGCCGCUAUUGACAAGUUGGCAAAAUCCAUCCUGUGCACUUGCGCCAUCCGUCCCAAGUGCUGAUCUUCAUCGCCAGGUCGCUUUCCACUCUGUUGACCAAUCAAACUGGGGGCAGCUGCCGACAGCUUAGCACCAAAAUCUGCAUGUCGAGCGUUAUGAGCAUAACGGGGAAUGGCGGGAUUUGCCGCUUCUCGGGCAUCCAGUUAUGCACACAAGCGGAACGCGAAAGACCGCUCCAAUGAGGUCAGGUCAGUCUAUAUGGAUCCCCAACAUAUUGCGAGGGAAUUUCUCGCGCGUCUUCCAUGCCCCUCGGGUUGUGCCUUGCCGACGUUGAACCUCAACAUUAAGCUGGUUAUUAUCCUGUGCUUUUUUGCCCCAUAUAGGAAACCCUUUCAAGGCCAGUUUCUCUUGCGGGUUAUGUCGGAUUACAGCGGAAAAUGCGUCAAAAUUUCAAUGGGGUCCUGGUCGUCUCCUUGUCCAAGCCAGAAAAACCGCCGUUGGCAGGAUGAACAAGUCGGCGAGAUUCAUGCUGUGGUGCUUGCGUUAUCUGUCCGAAAGGCGUUGAAUACUGGUAUUGAUCUGGAUGCGGUUGCCGACAGUUCAACACCAAAAUCCAAAGAUCCUGCAUAUCGAGCGUCUUAUCUUCGCGAUCGCCGUGUGCCGCCUCACGCCUGUCCUUUGAACAAUGGUUGAUCGGUGACGCGCUUUAAAGCUGCUGUAAGCAGUUUGGAGGGCGCGCCGCCGUCAUAACCGCACUCCAUUGCCAUCACAUCCGGGUUGGCGGUCGACAUUCAAGCGCGUGCGAUAUCCGGUAUGCAGCUGCCGACACUCUACCCUCGAUCAAGGUGUGAACUUGGUCUCUCAUUAGCAUCGAAGAAUUUUGAUACUCUUGGUGGGGUAGGGAGUGGGCGUUGGUCCAGCUGGCUCGACUACCUAACACUACCGGGGACGAGAGAGCACUGCCAGGGCUUACAUUUACUGUGAGAAUGCCCAGCGAUGAAGAGGCGACGAAGCUUGGUUCUGUGAGCAAAGUCUUUACCGUAACAUCCUUUCGGACCCCACACAAGCGGAAGCGCUGGAACUGGAAAAAUUCAUUGCU